AUCUCGUGGCUCAAGAACUUAAAAAACGAAUUAGAGUUCUUUGUUGGGUCAUGACUAGUCCUAGUAAUCACAUUAAAAAAGCAAGACAUGUAAAAGCUACAUGGGGUAAACGUUGUAAUACAUUACUUUUUAUGAGCACUGUUAAAGAUAAAAGUUUGCCAUCUAUUGCAUUACCAGUUAAAGAAGGUAGAGAUACACUUUGGGGUAAAACUAAAGAGGCAUUUAAGUACAUACAUAAACAUUAUAAUGAUUAUGAUUAUGUAUUGAAAGCUGAUGAUGACACAUAUGUUAUAGUAGAGAAUUUGAGGUAUAUGUUAACUUCAUUUAAUCCAAAAGAUCCAAUCUUCUUAGGUUGUAGGUUUAAACCUUAUGUUAAACAGGGAUACAUGAGUGGCGGUGCAGGUUAUUUGUUAAGCAAAGAAUCAGUUAAGAGGUUUGUUGAAAAAGCUAUACCUCAUAAACAAUGUCGGCAAGAUAAUGGUGGAGCUGAAGAUGUAGAAAUUGGUAUUUGUCUUCAACUAGUUGGGGUAAAAGCUGAAGAUACUCGAGAUAGUUUAGGACGUGGACGUUUCUUUCCAUUUAUUCCAGAACACCAUCUUAUACCUGGGCACACAGAUUCAAGUUUUUGGUACUGGAAAUAUAUUUAUUAUCCAAUAGUAGAGGGUAUGGAUUGUUGUUCAGAUACCGCAGUUUCAUUCCAUUAUGUUAAUCCUAAUAAUAUGUAUGUUCUCGAAUAUUUAAUUUAUCAUUUACGGCCAUAUGGAGUGACUCAGAAUAUUGAUAAAAGUAUUGUAAACAAAAUAUACUCUAACAAAGAAAAUAAUGUUACUAAGACUGAUCAGCAAAACUGAUGAAAAACACACAUGUAUAAACUUGAAUUAAAACACUUGACAGUGUUGACCUUUAUAUUGUAUAUUAUUUAAUAUUUAUAAUUAUAUUUAUACACAAACUAGAAUGAUUAGUCUCGUGCCAUUUACAUGCUCUGUUUGUGUACAGAACUCUACUAGUCAAUAACUUAUUGGCAAAUCCUAGUCAAUUUGCUCAUAAAGUUCUUAUUGAUGGAGCUUGAUUUCUUUAAAUUGUUUUUUCUUUUUAUUAUUCAAACAUUCUAAAUGAAAAAAAUAAUAAAA